CAUCAUUGCUUCCAUGGUAACUAGAAGCCGUCAGCCAUCAUUGUUGUUAGUUGUCAUGGCAACGCGAUCCGCCAUAAUUGUUUUUUUUAUCCCUUCUCCCUCUUAUGUUAUUCUCGGAGUACAAGAGCAAGUUGGCGCGCUAUUUCCUUUGUGGUUUGUUUACGACGCUAAUUUAUAACCAAAAAAUACCGAGCGAUUACAGUCCCCAGUUUAUAAGAGUGUUUUGAAUAAUUAAAGUUAAAUAAAAUGUCACAACGAGCACGUCGUCAAACAGCGACCCAACAAGGUCCAGCGGAUAACUUGGAUCUUCUGGGAAGUCGCGUGAUAAAAUAUUUGCUAGAGAAAAGCCAUAAAAAGUACCCGGUAAAAGCCAGUGACAUUAAAAAAUAUGUUUUGGGCAAGCAUGCUGAGCACUUUCGUCCAGUUAUGGUCAUUGUCAAAGACAGGCUGAGAAAAAUCUUUGGCUACAAUUUGGUAAACACGACAGGAGCUCAGUAUUUUAUCGCCAACAUGAUUGUCAACGAACACUUGAAGGCUCUUCCAAGGUCAGAUGUUGAAGCUAAAGAACAAAUUCUGCUUUUUCUAGUUCUUUCUUUUAUUUUCAUGUGUGCUGAAAAUAAUCAAAAUGCUAUUGUCGUUGAAGACGAGUUAUGGGAAUUUUUAAUAAACUUGAAUAUCAUCACUGAGGACGAAAGUCAGCAUCCAUACUUUGGAAAUGUCAAAUCUUUAAUCAGCGAUAAAUUUGUGAAACAAUUGUACCUUAUUAAGAGUAAGCAAAGAGAAACUGAUUCUGUUUUAUUUGAAUGGGGACCACGUGCUAAUUACGAACUGGAUCGUAAAGCUGUUUUGAAGUUUGUUUCCAAGAUUUACAAUUGUCCGAUGGAAAAUUUUGUCAAGCAGCACAAAGCAAUGAAAGUCUACGAACGAUCAGCUUUGAGAGAAUAAUUACAACUUAAAAAUUAAUUAGCUCUAAAAGGUUUUACAAAUAUUGAAUAAUUUAUUUUCAUAUUUAAGAUGUUGAUUAAUAAUAAGAAAAAUAAAAUAUUUAAUAUUUAUUAAUUAAAAAUUACAAAGGAUGCUUUUUGUUGUAAGCUUUUUUAGCAGCCAAGUACGGAGAUAUCUUGAGAGCAUCUCCGUCGUACAAUUUACAAUUUUUUUGUUCCAUUGGAAAUACAUAUUCUAAAUUAAUAUUAUACCUAAAAUCAAAUUAAAAAUUAAAAAUAAU